AUGGCUUCUCCCAAUCUAGCCUCCAAAGGCUCGACAACAAUGGCGAAGCCUUCUCUGCCUCUCAAGCUGCUUCUCUGGGUCUUUAUCGCCGCUAAUCUCCCGACGAGCUCUUUCCAGAACGAUGAUGACGACGAGGUCACCAACAAAACAUGGGUGCUGACUCCCAAGGUGUACGAGAGCGACGUCACCCACAUCCUCAACGGCCUGCUGGACGGCUACGACAACAAGCUGCGGCCCGACAUCGGAGUGAAACCAACUGUGAUCCAUACGGACAUGUUCGUCAACAGCAUCGGGCCGGUCAAUGCCAUCAACAUGGAAUACACCAUCGACAUCUUCUUCGCUCAGACUUGGUACGACCGCAGACUAAAGUUCAACAGCACGAUGAAGGUGUUGCGGCUCAACAGUAACAUGGUGGGAAAGAUCUGGAUCCCCGACACCUUCUUUCGGAACUCCAAGAAGGCCGACGCCCACUGGAUCACCACACCCAAUCGGAUGCUGCGGAUCUGGAACGACGGACGGAUUCUCUACACACUUAGGUUGACGAUCGACGCAGAGUGCCAGCUAAAACUGAACAACUUCCCAAUGGAUGAGCACUCGUGUCCCCUGGAGUUUUCGAGCUACGGAUACCCCCGGGACGAGAUUGUGUACAAGUGGAAGAGGAGCUCUGUGGAGGUGGGGGACAUCCGCUCAUGGAGGCUCUACCAGUUCUCCUUUGUGGGGCUGAGGAACACCACUGAGGUCGUCCGAACGGUCUCAGGUGACUACGUGGUGCUGACCGUGUUCUUCGACCUGAGCAGGAGGAUGGGUUACUUCACCAUCCAGACCUACAUCCCCUGCACCCUGAUCGUGGUGCUGUCCUGGGUCUCCUUCUGGAUCAACAAGGACGCUGUUCCGGCACGGACUUCACUCGGUAUCACCACGGUGCUGACCAUGACCACGCUGAGUACCAUCGCCCGAAAGUCCCUGCCCAAAGUGUCGUACGUGACCGCCAUGGACCUGUUUGUGUCCGUGUGCUUCAUCUUCGUCUUCGCCGCGCUCAUCGAGUAUGGUACGCUGCACUACUUUGUCAGCAACAGGAAGCCCAGCGCCAAGAAGGACAAGAAGAAGAAGAAUCCUCUCCUGCGGCUCUUUUCCUCAAAGACCCCCACGGUCGACAUCCGCCCGCGCUCCGCCACCGCCAUCCAGAUGAACAACGCCACGCACAUGACCGAGCGCGACGAGGAGUACGGCUACGAGUGCCUGGACGGGAAGGACUGCACCAGCUUCUUCUGCUGCUUCGAGGACUGCCGCACGGGCGCAUGGCGGCACGGGCGCCUCCACAUCCGCGUGGCCAGAAUAGACUCGUACGCGCGCAUCUUUUUCCCCACCGCGUUCGGCCUCUUCAACCUGGUCUACUGGGUGUCCUACCUGUACCUCUAG